AUGACAGACAGGACCCAAGGCUGUGGUCGUGUCAUCGUUGCAGAGGCCAGAUGGCCAGCUCUAGCCUCUCACCAUGCUUCGUUUUCCAUGCCAGACAGUGAGUGGCUCCAUUAUGCUGGGUGGACUGGUUGGAGGACGAAGGACGGCACUAAGCAACAGAUUGAACUCCAUCGUUGCCAGGCGUCGAAUCGUAGCGAGUCCCGAACAGGCAAGAGGCACGACUGGCCAGCAAGUAAGAAAAAAGCUUCCCCCAAUUUCCCAAUUUCCAUUUUCCACCUUUUCCAGCCGUGGAAGGAUCCGCCAGAUGAACUUCUCCACCCCCAAACUCAUCCUUCAUUUGAUGCGCUCGUCCAGGCUAAACCCCGUCCUGGUAAUCGUGCCUUAUCCCUGGCUUUCUUCGUCCAUGUCCCUGGGACGGCUAUCUAG